AUGGGCAAAAGAUGCGGGCACGCUGCGAAAAGCUCGGUGCAGAGCGGUUUCGCCCGAGGUGACGAGGGCGCCCGCGCCCUGGCCGCCGGCUUGGCCGAGCUCCCGCUCCAAGAGCUGCGGCUGAGCCUGAUGAAGAACGAGAUCGGCCGGGGCGAUGACGGGGCCCAAGCCUUGGCAGCUGCCAUCGCCAAGCUGCCCCAGCUCCAGAAGCUGGAGCUGAAGCUGAGCGACAACUCGCUGAGCGAUGACGGGGCCCAAGCCCUGGCAGCGGCCGUCGCCGAGCUGCCCCAGCUCCAGACGCUGGGGCUGUGGCUGGACGAAAACUCGCUGGGCCGACAAGUGAAGGAGGAGCUCAGGCGACAACUGAAGGCGCUGCCCAUCCCGGAGAAGGAGAUCUUCACCAUGUAA